UUGAUACAAAUGAGAACCGCCAUUGUGCUCCUCACAGCCCUUCUGUGGGCUCCAGGCUUUUACCAAGUCCUUGCUUUUCCCACAGGUACUGCUAAACCCCUCGAAGCACGCUCCACCGUAGGGAACACCAAAAGCAAUCCUAUCCAGGCCGAGAUUGAGAUCCGCGGAGAAGAUGCCCUGACCUAUGAUGUGGACUGCUGGGCCAUGCUAUGCAAGGGCAAGCCUGCAAUAAUGCAAAAGACGGACACCAAAGCAGCCGAUAAGCACCGACAGGUAAAGAACGGCAGUGCCGCCAAAAAGCAACCCUUUGUACACCGGGCCAAGUAUGGGAUCAAAUCCAGCCCCCCUACCAGUACCUGGGCAAAUAAUCAAGGAUGGGUAUCAGCAGAAGAAUUUCCCUUCGCAUCCACCGUUGACGGGGGAGCUGGUGCAAUCCUAGUGGGGGUCACACUGAACUCGCAGGAGGAGCAGAAAAACUCGUUGCACAGCUUCUACAGCAAGAACAAGAUACAGUCAUACAAUGCGACCGCAAAAGGCUCGGACAGAUCCUGGUUUGAGAUUACUGGGUUCAAAGUUACGCCUGGGAAAACAGCAAUAAUUGGACCCUAUUGCAAGGCAUUCAAUGCCAAGGAUAAAGGUAAUCUGUGCAGCGCGAGUACCAAAGUCGUUGGAGACUGGGGAUUUGACGUGGCUGAAUAUGCCUACGUGUACAACCACCAGACAAAAACGUUUGAUUAUGUUGGAAAAUGAUCAAUCC